AGGGACUAUCCUAUAAUGAAUAUCCGGAUAAAAACCUUUUUUUUUUUUGACUUUCUUCCCCGUAUCCAGUUUUAACUGAUUUUCGUCCUCUUGGACAUCCAAUUUCCAAAACUUUUUAGAAAGAACCUAUUUUCUCAAAUAUACUGGUAUUUUUUGAAUGGCUGAUAUACAUUUUAUAUAGGUGAUUUAUUUGUAGGUCACAUGUAAUAGAAUUCUGAGAAGUUGACCUUUUGAAAAUGCUGCUCAAAAUGUAUUGAACUUUAAAAUGUUGUGAGAAUUGCUUAAAAGAUUAAAAAAAAAAAAGAGGUGCAGAAUCUGCUACUAAAACGAAAAACUUUCCCUAAUGUCAAAAUAAAAUAAGUCAUUUUUAAACACAUUAAAAAAAAAAGGGAGAAACAAGGUUAGAUGGAACCAUCAAGGGCGAGAUAAAAAGUUGAGAAAAAGGGUGAGAGUGAUAGGUUAGAUUGAGGGUUAGUAGGAUAGUGUAAUGGAAAUCAAUCAACAAUGAUAUUAUUCAGAUUUUUCUUUUCCUUUAUAUGAAAUUCAAAAUUUUUCUUUCUUUUUCUUUUCAAGAUUCUUCUGAAGCCAAGUGAAUAUUAUCAAGAAACAUCACAAUUAAGUGCAACAAGAUGUUUAUGUAAAUUAAUGUUAUUAUCAUUUGAAUUAUACGAAACACAUGCAAAAAUGGUAUUUGAUUUAUUAAAAAAUUCAACAUUCGAAAGUGUUCGUGUUGCUAUUAUGGUUUUAAUGAACGAUUUUUAUUUAAAAUAUCCAUUAGCAUUUGCUGCUUAUUCAAAUGAUGUUUAUGGUUGUUUACGUGAUCGAUCAGAUAAUGUUCGUUUAGCAGCAUUAAAAACAAUUUCAAAUUUAAUUCUCAAAGAAAGGGUUCAACCAACAGGUCAAAUAAGUGAAAUAGCAUUUUGUAUUAUUGAUAAACAUCCUCAAAUAGCAACAUUAGCUACAUCAUUUUUUAGUGAAUUAGCUAAACAACAAGAUGGUGAAGCAUUAUUUAAUAUUUUACCAGAUAUAUUUUCAAAUUUAGUUGGCGAUAAAUUAGAUAAGCAACGUCAAUUAAAUGAAGAAGAUUUUAAAUCUAUUAUCGACUUUUUAUUUAAAUAUGUUGGUAAAAAAAAGCAAACAGAAAGUCUAUUAGAAGAAUUAUUGAAAAGAUUUUGUAUAGCUAAUGGUAGUCCUCAUGUAUGGCGUGAUCUUGCUUAUAUGAUGUCAAAAUUAACAUUUAAUGAACAAUCAGUAAAAGGUCUACUUCAUGAUUAUAAUGAUUAUGCAAAUAAAUUAGUUGAUUAUGAUGUUUAUCAAUCAUUUUUAACGAUUCUUGAUAAUGCAAAAAAGAAUUUAGGAGAUAAACCUGAUUUAAAAGUUCUAAUUGGUGAAUUAUCGACUCGUAUCAAUAAAGAAAGAUCACCAAAUAGAAUUUUAAGUGCUGUACAACAAGCACAACAAAAAACAAAACAACAACCAAAAGCUGCUCGUGCUGGUGGAGCGAAGAAAGGUAAACAAACAACAAGUCAUAGUAAAGCAAAAGCAAAACAAUCUGAUGAUAAUGACGAUGAUGAUUUCAAAGAAAAUGAUGGCGACGAUGAUGAUUUAAAAGAAAAUGAUGGCGACGAUGAUGAUGAUGAUUAA